CAUGAUCUCAUGAAUAUUACAACAACCGGUUUAUACACACUUAUAUUCAAGUUCACAUAACAGUUACCUCCUUCUGCACUCACUCAGGUCCACAUCCGGGCUCAAGACCAACUCAUAUCAGGCUUACCUAACGACAGUACAUCAAAAUGUCAGAGAAGCUUCCAUUUAAAGUUGCUGAUAUCAGCCUGGCCGAGUGGGGACGUAAAGCCAUCGACAUAGCUGAGAAUGAGAUGCCAGGUCUGAUGAAGAUGAGGGAGCUCUAUGGCCAGACGAAACCCCUGAAAGGCGCUCGCAUCGCAGGCUGUCUGCACAUGACUCUACAGACCGCGGUGCUCAUUGAAACCCUGACCGCUCUGGGAGCUGAGGUCCAGUGGUCCAGCUGUAACAUCUUCUCUACCCAGGAUCACGCAGCGGCAGCCAUUGCUAAAACUGGCGUUCCAGUGUAUGCCUGGAAGGGAGAGACUGAUGAAGAGUAUGUGUGGUGCAUAGAGCAGACCAUCUACUUCAAGGACGGUCAGCCUCUUAACAUGAUCCUGGAUGACGGUGGAGACCUGACCAACCUGGUGCACCAGAAAUACCCCAAACUGCUUGCAGGAAUCAAGGGCAUCUCUGAGGAGACCACAACAGGAGUUCACAACCUCUACAAGAUGUUGAAGAAGGGAGAACUUAAAGUUCCCGCCAUCAAUGUCAAUGACUCUGUCACUAAGAGUAAGUUUGACAACCUGUAUGGCUGCCGCGAGUCUUUGAUUGACGGCAUCAAGCGGGCCACAGAUGUGAUGAUUGCCGGUAAGGUGGCAGUGGUGGCUGGGUACGGUGACGUCGGUAAGGGCUGCGUUCAAGCCCUACGAGGGUUCGGUGCCAGAGUCAUUGUCACAGAGAUCGAUCCCAUCAACGCUCUGCAGGCAGCUAUGGAGGGCUAUGAGGUGACCACCAUGGAUGAGGCCUGUAAAGAAGGAAACAUCUUUGUAACCACCACUGGCUGUGAGGACAUCCUCCUUGGCAGACACUUUGAGCACAUGAAGGAUGACUCCAUCGUCUGCAACAUAGGCCACUUUGACUGCGAGAUCGACGUGAAGUGGCUCAAUGAGAAUGCAGCGGAGAAAAUCAACGUCAAACCUCAGGUUGACCGUUACCGCAUGAAAAAUGGCCGUCACAUCAUUGUUUUGGCCGAGGGGCGUCUGGUGAACCUGGGCUGUGCCAUGGGCCAUCCGAGCUUUGUGAUGAGCAACUCGUUCACCAACCAGGUCCUUGCCCAGAUUGAGCUGUGGACUAACACCAGCAAAUACCCACUGGGUGUAUACUUCCUGCCAAAGAAGCUGGAUGAGGAGGUAGCUGCUGCACACUUGGACAAGCUUGGUGUCAAACUGACCAAACUGACAGAGAAGCAAGCCAAAUAUUUGGGUCUGCCUCGUGACGGUCCAUUCAAACCGGACCACUACCGCUACUAAGUAGCUUUGACCAAUCACAGCUUCAGCUGUGGAUGGGGACGGACUACACGAUCAUUGGCGGUUGUGCCACUUACCUUUUAUGGCUGUAAUAGUGCUUAAUCGUGUCUCUCACUCUCAUCGCGAGUGCCUGCGAGCUCUCACCAAUGCCUUUUUGCUUUGAUAUCAAGUGCAACGCUAACUUGUGAACACAUUGUCACUGUCUUGUUUGCAUUCCCUGCUUUAUUAUACGGUUAUAUUAAAAAAAAAAAAAAAACACAAAAUUCUUCCAUUAGGUCAGUAAAUGAAUAUGCUGGUAUGUUUUGGUUCUUACUCUGACGUGAUUCCAGUUUGUCAGGUAUCUAUGAAUUGAGUGAGGCCUUUUGGCCAUGCAUACUUUUGAAAACCUGUUAAAAUAAUAAAUUAUGAGGGGGGGGAAGUAUUCUUUUUUUUUUCUGUUAGCAGGCUGUGAGUUUGAGUGGGUCUGGGUAACUUGUCCUGUUUCAUUACAUCCACUCAUGAAGACCUGAUGAAAUAAAGUGGUGUUUGACUGUAA